AUGGUGAUACUUGAUUUUCUGAAGAGAGUCAUCAUCGGAGAUGACGACGAAGGAUGCAGCGAUCCGCCCAAUCGUAAUUCGGAUCCAAUUUUUAACCAGGAAACGAAUUCCGUCGGUCCUCCUUUUGCUCUGACCCAUCUCGAUUCUCACACCAGGGACGAGAUGUUUUCUUCAGAGGAACACUAUGAAUGGUUCAAGGAAUACUCUAAUUUCCAGCGUCUCAUCUGGCAGGGACGAGAUGUUUUCUUCAGAGGAACACUAUGA